AGUGCUUGAGAAGGGGGUGUCUCCAAGAGCUUGAGAAGGAGCAGGUGCAAGAGCUCGAGUAGGGCACUGUGAGGGUCCUCAAGGAAUCCCCCUCCUAAGCAUCUCUGGCUAGGUUGAACACAGCCACUGAAACAGGCCUCCCCCGGGGUGGUCCCGGCAAGGCAGCACGCGCACCUUCCUCGGAGGCGCGCCUCUUCUCUCAGCCCCCUCUGCGCGCUCCCGGCUGUGGCUCGAGCACGAGCGCGCGCAUCCUGGGCUCUCCCCGCCCGCGGCUGAGGGGCGGGGCCGCGGCCAGGCUCCCCAGGCACUGUCGCCUGCAGCCCCCUCCCCUUGCCUUCUCGACGCUCCCCGCCACCGCGGCUCCUGCCCGGCCCCACCCCAGGCGACCCUGCGUGGAGCGGCUCGUGGCCAGAGGCGUAGGUGCCUGGGGAACCUGAGGGAGGACGCUAGUGAAUCCCAUUCGGUGUGCACUCGGAGGCCCCUGAAUCUGGAAGUCCUGUUUGGGGGACUGGUCAUUUGGGUCUCCGAGAGGCGAGGCUACGGGAGCAAUAUGGACAAGAGGGAUAGGGUCAAGGCAGGAGCCGCCCCGCGGAUGUCAGCUUCACGACCCCCUGGCCUUCCGACCCCUAGGCCUCCUCCUGCAUCCCCUCGACCUCCUCCCCCUGUAACCACCGCAGCCCUUCGAGUCCUGGAAGCAAACGGAGCUAUUGGGCGAAGGCCCCUGGUAGAGCGAGCCGCGGGCGUCGGCAAAGCGGCUCUUCCACAGACCGCUGUUCAAGGGGCACCAGCGCGCAGCGCGGGGACAGGUCCUCGCAGCCCAGCCUCCAGGCCCCCAGCUUCUGUGAAAGGAGAGAGGGCCCCUAUGAAGAUCUCUGGCCAGGGUUCUAUUUCUAGCCCCGGGCGGGCCAGCAGUGGGAUCACCAGACCAGGCCCUGUUGUCCAGAAGGGACUCCCCCCGACGAAGGAACCUGUGGUCCGGAGUAAAGCACCAGAGGCACCCAAAAGGAAUGCUCUGAGCUCUGGGACACGAAAAGAUUCUUUAGGACCCACCUCAGGAACCUCCUCCCCUGCCACCACUCGUCGGUCCAGGGCCCCAGCUACAGAGGUGGGAAUUCCUCGAUCAGUUCCCAGUGCCCGGCAGCGUUCCCUGACCACCGAGGCCCCCAGGAAACCUGUGAGCAGAGCUGCAGAACCCAGUGCUCCGGAGCUGAGCCCAGCCUUCAGGAGGCGCGCUGCCGCUGGUGGCAGCCUGCAGAAGCCGGCCUCCCGUUCCCUGAGCUCCAGCGCUGCCCCUCAGCUCUCCCCAGCCCGCUCUGGGGUCUCUCCGCGUGUAACCCCCCGGGCUCCCGCGCACACCUCGCAGCAGCUCAAGUCGAAAGGGCAGCAAGCUCUGCGCCCACCCCAGACCACAGUCCCGAGGAAGGACAGAACCUCCGCACAGAGCCUGCUUCCUGGUUCAUCUUCAGUCACGCCCGCUCCACCUGCAGCCAGCACACCUCAGGCUUCCCCUGCUCAGGUCCCAGAGGAUCCACUGAAGGCCACGCUCCCUCCCUCUCCACCCGUCACCCCACCUCUACCUGCCUCUUCACAGGCAACACCCCCCCAUUCACAGGCCAUAAACGGCCCACCAUCACCUCCUCCACUUUCUCUGCAGAACCUCCCCUCUCCACCAGCCACGCCCCCUUUGCAAGCUCCACCCACAAGUCUGGGUACUGAAGAGGCCUCUGACUCACCCCCACCAAAGGCUGUGAUCUCCCCAUCGCUUUCACCCGGUGUACAGAGUAUGCCCUGCAACCAGGCUCCUUCAGCUCCGCUCCCUCAGGAGACUCUCUUGGCCACGUCUUUCUCACCUACGCCUCUACCUCUAGCCAUGCCUCCUCCACAAGUCCUUCCUUCUCCGCCAGUUUCUCCACAGAAUCAGCCUGCUCCCCUGGUCACACCCUCUCUACCCACUCUGUCCACUGCGCCCCCUUUCCCGGACAACCUUUCUGUGUCUCCGCCCCUUCUCCAGGCCACGCCCUCUAAUCUAACCACGCCGCCUUUGCAAGACCCUCUGUUUCUGGCCAUUUCUCCUCCAGUUUCUUCCUCUCCCUCCUCCUCACCACCUCGGUGUGUCCCGCCCUCUUCCGCGGGCACGCCUCCCCGGAGGCUCCCACCAUCUCUGAUUUUGCCCACUUUCCAGGCCUCUCCGUUGACACCCUCACUGGCCUCAUCGCCCCCGCAGGCCCCGCCUCCUCCUUCGGCCAAGGACCCACUCUCGGCCCCACUCUCUUUGGGCUCGCCCUCCCUGCAGGCCUCGCCUCCUUUCCUGCCUUCACCCCCUGGGCAGGCACACUCUCUACCCUCGCCUCCUUUGCAGGUGCCUUCUCUUGCUGCAUAUCCUUUGCCUGUUCCCUCGUCCCCGGCCUCACCCCCUCUGCCAGCUCUUCUCUCCCCUCCUGCCUCACCUCCUCUGGAGGGCACUCUUUCUCCCUCACCCUCACCUCCGUCUCCCUUGGCAACUACCCCACCAGAAGCCCCACCUUCCCUGGAUUCACCCACUCCUCUGACUUCACCCCCUCCGCAGGCCCCCUCUUCUCUGGCCUUGCCCUCCCUGCAGGCUCCCUCCUCCGCACUGGCCACAGCCGCACCUCCCCUGCAGGUCCCAAUCUUGGCUUUGCCUCCUCUAGAGACCCCUCCCUCUCCCCUGACCACGCCCCCUCCGCAGGCCUCUCCUGGCCUGACCUCGCCCCUUGUUCAGCCUCCUUCUCCUCCCGCCUCACCCCCACUGCAAGCCCCUCGUCGACCCCCGACCCCAGGCCCAGAUGUCCCGAUCUCAAGUCCACGGCUGACGCUGUCGCUGGCCCCUGCCCCGCCGCCGCCACCCUCGCGAAGCCCGUCCAGUACGCUGAGCGGCCCGGACCUGGCAGGCCACAGCAGCAGCGCCACGAGCACGCCGGAGGAGCUCCGUGGCUACGACAGCGGACCCGAGGGCUGCGCCACGGUCUCCCCGGCCGCGGACGCGGAGCUAGCGGCCUGCCACCCGGCCUCCUGGAGCCGAGGUCCUGCUCCACCGUUGGUAGUGCGCGGUGCUCCAGGAGUUCCCCUGCCGUGGCCUCCGGCUGCCUGCCCGGGUUCCUCUGACGGCCUGUGCACCAUCUACGAAGCUGAAGGACCGGAGUCGGUGGCCCCUACCCCUGGAUCCCUGGAUGCGGAACCGGAGCCUGAGCCGAGGCCGGGCUCUGGCGGUGGGAAGACAAGUGCUGCAGCAGGCUCAGGAGCAUCCUCGAGAAGCCCAAAGUCGGCUCGCCUCGGCGAGCUGCCGCUGGGGGCGCUGCAGGCAAGCGUCGUGCAGCACCUGCUGAGUCGGACGCUAUUGCUAGCGGCAGCUGAGGGUGCGGCUGCAGGCAGUGAAGGUGGCUCAGGAGGCGCAGGGGUUGGUGGUGUCCCGGGGGGAUCCCGGGCUCCGCUCAGCGACGCCGAAUUGGGCCGCUGGGCCGAACUGCUGUCUCCCCUGGACGAGUCACGUGCCAGCAUCACUUCGGUCACCAGCUUCUCCCCGGACGACGUGGCCUCCCCACAGGGUGAUUGGACUGUAGUGGAAGUGGAGACUUUUCACUGAGCCAGCCUCCAGCCCCACUCACCAUAUGCAUACCGCUUUAGAAUCCACCCCUCCGGUUACACCUCUUUUGUCUUAGUCUCUGCUCCCACUUCCCGAGACAACUGGAUGGAUUGGUUUUUACCUCUAGAGUUCUGUCUUUGCGCCCAGGCUGUGCUCCUAUCCUUCCUUGGCUUAAGCUUGGAAUGCAUCCACACCUAGGCCUAGGCCUUCCAUUUGAGCUCCUCUUUGGCCUAAGUCACAGCCCUUCUCUAAGGAACCACACCACACAGAAUGUUCAGUGGAUGAAUAGCCUCGCAUCCCAAUAGCCUCGUUUGCAGUAAAACCUGAGAUACUGGCGCCUGUGUGCCAUGGUGAUGGGAGCCGGGAAAGAGCCAGACAGGUAGCUGAUCAGUCAGUUUGAAGGGCCAGGCUACACCACACUCCUGGGUAUGCCUGAGUAAAUCGCAGUUCUGGCUGAACUGUGUGACUUUUCUACAGUAAGGGGGCUGGUGAGAUGGUGCCUACAAUGGUCUUGUGUUCUUUUGGUUCACACUUCUAAUGAAAAUGUUAGACCCAGGAAGGCCUGAGUGGAUGAGCUGGUGACCAAACUGGAGAGCCACCAAAGCUCUUCUUACCCUGGAUGUGGGGUAAUUUGCACUCCUGGGUACCCCUUGCUACAGCCCCUUUGCCCUAUGUGCAUCCCUUCUCUCUCGUGCUUGAGGGUUGGGCCUGGAGGAUGAACUUGAGUGGAGAGGAAUGGUGAGUCCUUGACUUCCUCUGUUACUUCUCCCUCUGUGAUGGGUUAGCUUGCUUGGGCUGAGGUGGGAGCCCCUACCCAUUGUGGGUGGCAUCAUUCCCUGGCUGGGACCCUGGACUGUGUAAGCAGAGAGCUGGGCAGCAGCAUACACUCACUGCUCUUUGUGACUAGCUGCUUCCAGUUCUCGUUGCCUUGAUUUCCCACAGUGACAGACUGUGCCCUGAACUGUGAGCCAGAAUAAAUCCUUUCUCUCUCCCUUAA